CUUGAAUUUUUAUCUUGUUGUUAAAGUUUCAUAAGAAUCAAGAUAUGCUUUGGAUUAAAUUUAAGUUCCAAUCUUAUUGGAUAAUUUUGAUUCAUGGUAAGAAUAACAUUUAUUUAAGAUCUUUGAUUACUCUUUGAAAAAUGAUAUUGAAUUUUUGGAUGAAGCUCCAUUUUGAAUGAAGCUUUUGCUUUAAUAAGUUCCAGGACCAGGAGUCUCUGUUUUUAGAAUAUAAGACCAAGUUCUCUUAGAAUUAUGCAUUUUGACACCAUGCUUCAUAGAUCUUUUUAAGAUUGAAUAAGAUCCAGGACCAGGACUCAUAUGAUCUGUCUUAGCCCUUUUAUGUAAUUAUUAAAAUUUAAAGCCUAAACCAUUUAAUGUUGAUUUAAUAGGAUAAUGACCAGCUCCCGGAAUUUUAUUAUCAAAGUUGUUAUCUCUUGAUGUUCUAGAAAUAGAUCCUCCAAAUCUA